GUCUUGUCUUGUAGCUCUAACUCAAACUGCUAUGCUUAUUGAUUGCGCCCAGCGCUGUGUCGCUUUGCGAGUGGAUUCCAACCACGCGGGAAAUAUGGUAUGUUGCGCCCAUAGCCGCUAAUCGCUCCAUGAAAGCACCUCAUUAGCAUUAUACCUUACUGCUCGGCCGCGAAGAAUGUGCUGGUCAAAGCGACAUUUGCCUUUGCUCCUAGUCGCGGGGCUCGCCUGCACUAUUACGAUUACUUAUGCAGCCGAUCCCGUUAGCGAUGUGCUUGAAAAGUAUUUUGGAAAGCUCGUGGAAGACGCCCAGGCGAAGGAAAAGCUUGUGUCUCACCUCGACACACUGCUAAAGCUGGGCGCCAAGCGGCCAGGCGAGGGGCUGCGCGUUGUGCACGAGUAUGAGGACGAAAAGGCAAAGACAUUGGGCGUGGAGGUCGUCCCCACGUUGACAGCGGGGUCCGUAAACGCGUGGGCCGACCAAGCGCUGGAGCUACUGCGGGGGGUUGACGAGGGCCACACCUACUCGCUGCUGCGCCGCGUCAUAACGGCGGCACUGCUGAAGCUGUGGCUGGAAGGGGGGCAAAAGCUGCCGGACGGCAGCUCCGACAAGCUCAAGGAGGUCAUGCUCAAGCUGUACGCAGUGCACCGGCUGGGCAGUGUGCAAAAGGGUGUAAUGGAGUUCCUGCACGUCUCCAAGAGCGGCGGAACGAGCUGGUGCCACAUCGCACAGCUCAAUGGCUGUGUGACGGAGCGCUAUGACCAGUCAUACGUGUGCCAGGUCAAGGCGUUUGACGACAAGGUCCGCUGGCUCAACAUGACCUACCACAUGCAGCAGGUGCCCGUGUAUCGGGUUCCCCGCUAUGUGCUCAACAGGUUCUCCCGGUUCGGCAACUUCCGGCGGAGCCAUGCGGUGGCGGCCUGCCGCGCGCGGCAUGCCAUUGUACACCACCACGACUAUAACUACUACUCCAAUGAGUACACGGUGCACGGCGGGCACGAGGGGCCGGAGAACGCGCACAUGUGUCCCGACAUCUUCAACGCCGUGGUCAUGCGCGACCCGCGCAAGCGCUUGGUAUCGCACAUGAAGUUCAUCAUGUGGACCAUGUCGGGCGACCGCGGCUACAACGACACGCAGCUGUUUAACAUGAUGUAUGGCAACCGCACAGCCGCCUUCUGGCAGCAUCUGGGACCUGCUGUGGUUGAUAACUACUUUAUCCGCUCGCUGCUGGGCGAGGUGGCCUUCCACGCGCCCGUGGGCGGCAUCACGCGUGACAUGCUGGCGCUGGCGGAGCAGGUGCUGGCGCAGUUCGACCUGGUCAUGGUGCUGGAGCAGGACGUCGACAUCCGCAACCUGAUCCUGUACUACGGCGUGGGCUGGAAGCACACCCUUGAGGAGGUGCACGACAAGGACGCGGCGGUGCGCGAGAAGGAGUUCAACACCACCGCCUACAUCCCGCCUGACGUGGACGCGCUGCUGGAGGCGCAGAGCCUGGACGUGGAGCUGUACGACUUCUCCCAGACUCUGGCGCUGCUGGACCCGGUGGUGUACGCGUUGGCUGCUGGGUCGGGCGAGGUGCCGCUCAAGGAGCUGGCUGCGGCCUCGGACACGGACGACCUGCACUGCGGCCUGCUGCGGGGACUCAAUAACAGCCAGAUUCUGCCGGGCAUCGGCGGCACGGUGCGCAAGCAUACGGGCCUGCUGUCCGGCAUCUCCACCCUCCUGCGAGGGCUGGGCGUCGGCGGGGGCAAAAACCCGCGUGCGCGCGGCGGCCGGGCACGCGCACAGAGCGGCGCUGGCGACAAGGCGCAGCGGAGGCUGCUGGGACUCGACGGGUGGUGGAGCAGGUGGCAGUCGCAGGAGGGCGCACGCAGCUCAGCGCAGCAGGCGUGGGUGUGGGAGGAGCCGGAGAGCGAGGAGGCGCAGCUGCGCGGGCGGCGGACGCUGGCCGGCGCCAUGCAGGACGAUGAGCGCAUUGCGGCGCGGGAGGACUGGGCCGGGAAGGUGGAGCAGCUGCUGUCGCGGGCGAUGCGGUCCGUGCGGCAGGCGCUGCCGGGCUGGCAGUGAGGUAACGGCGAACGUGAGUAUUGUAGGCGUGUGCGCACGUGGGGGCAAGUGCAUGUGCAUGCAGUGGGCAAGGGGCUGCGAUCGGCGCAGGACUGACGGCCGCUGACUGAACCGGCAAGAGACCCAGAUUGGUAGUGCCUAGGCAGACGAAGAACGGACCAGACCUGUGAGGGAUAGUUGUAUUGAUGUCAACACUGGACUAGGUAAUAGGCAGCCAACCCCGGCCGAAUUUGGGUGCAGAAGGGUGCUGCAUUACGCGGCCGUGCAUUCAUGGAUGAGCGUGCAGGGCAGGGCUUGGCACCGCGGCGGCAUUGCGGCAAUACGGUAUAAGUGAUUGACGCGCGUGCGCUGUGUUUCUGGUAGGCACCGCCAAACGCGGGAUGGUGGCAAGGCUGUGGAACGGCGGGAGCGGUCGCGC